AUGGCCUUAACAAGAAAUUCAACAUGGAGCAAAAGCAGGAUCCAGAAGAACACCCUUACACCAAACGGCACGACUCUUCGCAUCAAUUCACAUGUACUUCCAAGUCCGUUUGGAGAGGCGUAUGGGUAUGCCUACUGUGGAAAAUGGGCCAGGGAGGUGAACAACUACGGUCGCAACUUUCCUCACACGAGAGGGGCUCAACUACAAUUUGCUGCGGAAAAUCACCCACUCGAGACGUGUCCUCCUGGUAGCGAGGAGUUGGUGUUCACGAUUACCAAGACGAUCCUGGGUCCCAAGGACUGGCCUUACGAAGAGGACUACGAAGAGGACUACUCUUAUGCAGACCUUCCCAGUCUUCAACGCCGAAAUCCCCAUCUUCCCCUCGACGAUGAUGAGUACAAUGGGCCCAUCGUAGUUGCCGGCAGCGUCCAGCUUCCGGGCGAGGAAACGCCCCAAGAAUAUAUCGCCAAGAUCUAUGACAGCGCGUACUAUCCAGUCAGUUGGGAUAUGGAGUGCCGAAAAGCGGAUGAUGGUAUAGAACCGGACUGCGUGAUAGACGCAUACAACGAGCUCUGGUGGUGGUGUCAAAUCGACCAUCGUGAACUUCAGCCCCACGGCGUUCCCAUCAAAAAAGACGGUACUGCCGUUGUAAUCAAUUUUCAGGAAGCCAUAUUUCGAACGUAUGACCGAUGGUGCCGCGGUCAUGGCUGGAGAAUCCGGAGGGAGCGGGAUUGUGGUUGCUUGAGAACUAUUACAACGACUACCGGUCGAAAGUCUGUGGCUGAGCAGGAGGCCGGUCAGUUGCUUGAGCUGAAUGACGUAGGGAGCUCUGAUGAGGAGGGUGAAUCAUGCUUAGAUCGUGACGGCAGGUAG